CGCCGAUUUACUUGAAUGAAAUACUUUCUUGUUCUGGACUCCUCUUGUCUUGGUCCACUAAUGGCGCUUCCUUGCAUAGACAAACACAUGCAAAAUUGAGACAAUUAGGGCAGGGAAGCUCGAAAAUACCGAAUUUGUUGGGUUUCUUCGAUCAGCUUUCAUCAAUGCUGAGGGUUUUGUCAGCUUCAUGUCUACAGGGCCGACUGCAGAACUUCACUGCGAGGCUUCCUGCAAGUGCAAAUUCCUAUUGUGGGGGAGAACAAAGGCCUCCGUUACUUCGAGUUUUGGGCUCUUUGAGAAGCUCCAAUCCAAGAAACCUAAGAUUAUGUAAAAGAGUAUUUUUCUGUUCAGACUCUGGCGAUGGGUCUAAUGACUCUAAUCCGGUUGUUGAGUCUGAGGCCAAGUCAGCUGAAACCGAGGCUGCGGCGGAGAGUGCAGAGGUAGUUGAUUCGAAAGCAUCAUCGGCUAUCGUCCCCACUAAUCCUAGACCGGAGGAUUAUCUCACGGUUUUAGCUUUGCCUCUGCCACAUAGACCUUUAUUUCCAGGUUUCUACAUGCCAAUAUAUGUGAAGGAUCCCAAACUAUUAGCAGCUUUAGUGGAAAAUCGUAAACGACAGGCCCCAUAUGCGGGUGCUUUUCUGCUUAAAGAUGAACCAGGGUCAGAUUCUAGUCUUUCAUCUGGUUCAGAAACAGAGAAGAAUAUAUAUGAUCUCAAAGGAAAAGAAUUGUUCAGUCGUCUUCAUGAAGUUGGCACCUUGGCACAGAUAACUAGUAUCCAAGGGGAUCAGGUAGUUCUUAUUGGUCAUAGGCGACUGCAGAUAACUGAGAUGGUUAGCGAGGAUCCCCUUACGGUUAAAGUUGAUCAUCUUAAGGAUAAACCUUAUAAUAAGGAUGAUGAUGUUAUUAAAGCCACAUCUUUUGAAGUUAUAGCAACCCUAAGGGAUGUUCUUAAGACAAGUUCCUUAUGGAGGGAUCAUGUCCAGACAUAUACCCAGUUAAAUGAUGGAAGAAGAAGAAAGAAGAAAGGGAAAAGGAAGAAAGAUGAGGGAGGAAAGAAAUUAGGGAAAGAUUGGCAUAUUGGUGACUUCAAUUUUCCAAGGUUGGCAGAUUUUGGUGCUGCUAUUUCGGGGGCAAACAAGCUGCAAUGCCAGAAAGUGCUGGAAGAACUUGAUGUGUACAAGCGUUUAAAUCUAACCCUGGAAUUAGUAAAGAAAGAGAUGGAGAUCAGCAAAAUACAGGAAUCAAUAGCAAAAGCCAUUGAAGAAAAAAUAAGUGGUGAGCAGCGCCGCUAUCUAUUGAAUGAACAACUUAAAGCUAUAAAGAAGGAGCUUGGUUUGGAGACAGACGACAAAACUGCACUUUCUGCAAAGUUUAGGGAAAAGCUUGAACCAAACAAGGAAAGAUGCCCACCACAUGUUUUGCAAGUUAUAGAAGAGGAGCUCACAAAGCUCCAGCUUCUAGAGGCCAGUUCAAGUGAGUUUAAUGUUACUCGUAACUAUCUUGAUUGGCUCACUGCAUUACCUUGGGGAAAUUACAGUGAUGAGAACUUUGAUGUUCAUCAUGCUCAAACAAUACUUGAUGAAGACCACUACGGUUUAAGUGAUGUUAAGGAGCGGAUACUGGAAUUCAUAGCAGUUGGAAAACUUAGAGGAACCUCACAAGGAAAAAUCAUUUGUCUAUCUGGGCCUCCUGGAGUGGGUAAAACCAGCAUUGGUCGUUCCAUUGCACGUGCCUUGAAUCGGAAGUUUUAUCGGUUCUCUGUAGGAGGAUUGGCUGAUGUUGCUGAAAUUAAGGGGCAUCGUCGAACAUAUAUAGGUGCCAUGCCAGGAAAGAUGGUGCAGUGCCUGAAAAAUGUUGGAACAGCUAAUCCUCUUGUUCUGAUCGAUGAGAUUGACAAGUUGGGAAGGGGGCAUGCUGGUGAUCCCGCAAGUGCUUUGUUGGAGCUUCUGGAUCCAGAGCAAAAUGCAAACUUUCUGGACCAUUAUCUUGAUGUCCCUAUUGACUUAUCUAAGGUUCUAUUUGUCUGCACAGCAAAUGUAGUGGAAAUGAUACCAAAUCCUCUCCUGGAUAGAAUGGAGAUCAUUGCCAUUGCUGGCUAUAUAACUGAUGAGAAGAUGCAUAUUGCCAGAGAUUAUUUGGAGAAAACAACUAGGGAAGCAUGUGGUAUCAAGCCUGAACAAGUUGAAGUGACAGAUUUAGCUCUUCUUGCUCUGAUUGAAAAUUACUGCCGGGAAGCAGGAGUUCGGAAUUUGCAGAAACAUAUUGAGAAGAUAUACCGCAAGAUCGCUCUACAACUUGUUCGAAAAGGAGUAGCAAAUGAAUCAUCUCCAGUUGUUGGGGUCCAGGUCAUUGGACCUGAUGAAAACAAAGAAAAGUCUGCUGAAAAGUUGAAUGAAACUGUGGAAGGGGAGAUACAGAUAAUUGCUGAACCAGAGGAAGGUAUAAUUCAAGAGAAGCCUAGCGGAAAAUCUAUAGAAGCUGAUCAAAUACAGAUGAAUAAUCUAGCAGCUGAAACUCCACAAACAGAUGAUCAAAUGGUUGAUUCUAAGGACCCUGUAGAAAGAAACCAGGUCCGGGAAAGUGAAGCAAGUAAGACCAUUGAGAAAGUGAUGAUUGAUGAAUCAAACCUGUCUGAUUUUGUUGGUAAACCUGUUUUCCAUGCCGAGCGCAUCUAUGAUCAGACACCAGUUGGAGUUGUGAUGGGUCUUGCAUGGACUGCAAUGGGUGGUUCAACCUUGUAUAUAGAGACCACCCAAGUAGAACAAGGAGAUGGGAAAGGUGCAUUACAUCUCACUGGGCAACUUGGAGAUGUCAUGAAGGAGAGUGCCCAGAUAGCACACACGGUUUCCAGAGCAAUUUUGCUUGAGAAAGAUCCAAAUAAUCACCACUUCUUUGCUAAUUCGAAGCUCCAUCUCCAUGUGCCUGCUGGAGCUACCCCAAAGGAUGGCCCAAGUGCUGGUUGUACCAUGAUCACUUCAAUGUUGUCCCUAGCAAUGAAGAAGCCUGUAAAGAAGGACCUAGCAAUGACAGGAGAAGUGACACUUACAGGGAGGAUCCUUCCAAUUGGUGGGGUCAAGGAGAAGACAAUUGCGGCAAGGAGGAGUGAGGUGAAGACUAUCAUAUUCCCUUCAGCUAACAGAAGGGACUUCGAUGAACUUGCUGCCAAUGUAAAAGAAGGCCUUGAAGUUCACUUUGUAGAUAACUACAGUCAAAUAUUUGAGCUAGCUUUCAAUGGUGAACAGAAUGCAGAAAAAUAAUUUGCACUUGUUUCAGUAUGUCUUCAAAUACGUACUAUUCGGGAUCCUGAGGAAAACCUUCAUUGCAUGCAUUUAGGACCCAGCCAUCAUCAAUUUUGUAGAUGUAAAUCCUUCAAUAAGGAGAUCCUGAGAAGAAGAAAGUAGGAUUGAGCAAAAGUUGUACAAUAUUCAAUCGCUUCAAGAUACAAUCCUCCAUUAUUUAUUAACUUGAUCUGAUAUUGAGGAAAAAUAUUUUGUAGAUUUGUUAAUUGUCUAAUUCAAGUUUGAUGGUCCACCAUCAUUUAUUUAUGAUUUUAUAUGCCUUGUAAAAUCGUAUCAUUCUUCUGUAACAACCAUAACAUUAUUCUUGAGGUUGCAUUUUUUUCUGUCAGAUUAUUCCACAUCUAAGCAUGGUUGUGUUC